AUGGCCUCCACCACCGCCAGAUCGGCUCACGCCGAACGCAGAGCCAAUGGCGCAUAUCCGGACAAGGCCUCCGCACGGGCGCGCAUGAGCGGUACCGACAGCCAAGCGAGUGACCGGUACGAGCAGAGGUAUCGCGAGGGCUCGCCCCAGAUAAAUGCUGCCGCUUUCGCGAGCACCUCUCACAAGCGGAGCGCAUCCGGCAAUCCGCGCCCUACGACCAGGACGACAGACGAACGGAGGACUGAGAAGGUGCAGGUUACGACGAGGGAGACUCUGGUCUCGCGAACGAGGAGUCCGGACCGGCGCAACUCGGCUGCACAGAGGGAACGGACCAAGGCCACGGACGGAGCAAAAAUGCGACCUCCGGAGCCCAAGGUCAAAGACCAGAAACCUGAGCCGGCGCCGCAAGCUCCGUGGGAACCUAUCGCGUCUCUACUUCCUCACACUACGGCACCUCUUGCAUGCAGAAUAUCUCUGCCUCCGCUCGCGUCCCAGGCGCCCCAGGCCUUGCAACCCAAACCUUUGCAUGAACUCUCACUCGAAUCUCAAGAAGCCGUGAUUCUCGAGGAUCUCCUGUUCGUCUUCAUGGGUUUCGAGGGCCAGUACAUCCGCUUCUCCAAGACGUAUAACCCCCAUGAGGAGAGGGACCGUCUCUCGGGCCCGACAUUCCGUAUCCUUCCCGGCCUUGAUCCCAGCCUGCAGGAUCUUACGCAGGCAAUGCUGAAGAUGGCCUCUCAUUACAGCGCCCUGCAAGCAUUCGUCGACGUACAGAGCCGGGACGAGUUUGGCUCUGUCAACCACGCUUUGUGUGCUUCCAUCCGAGGUUUCCUGCAGAAUUAUCUGAAUCUGGUGGCCCAACUUGAGACCCAAUUCCUGACGAACGACUCCUUCACACUUCACGUGCUGAACAUACAUGUUUUGCCAACGGGCCAGAUGCUGGCUCAGCUGUAUGCCGUUGCACACGAGCUAAUGAAGAAAAACGCCCUCCUGGAUGAUGAAUCCGAUGACGAGUCCACCGAUGACGGGGACGAUUAUGACAAAAUCCUCGACCAGCUUAGAGAAGGCGGAGAACUUGUUCCUGGCAACAUGGCCGGCAACAAGAUCUGCAAAGGAGGAGUCGUGCUGGGGCUCAUCACGAAGCGGCUCGAGGAUAUGGCAGGAGACCCUUCCGCGCGCGCGUUAUUGACAACCUUGCUCAGAGAUGCGAGCAGACCUUACAUGAGAAUGCUCAACGAGUGGCUGCACCACGGUGGGAUCAAGGAUCCGCACUCGGAGUUCCUGAUCAAGGAGCAAAAGAGCAUACGCAGGGAACGGUUAGAGCAGGACUAUACCGAUGAGUAUUGGGAGAGAAGAUACACCAUCCGCGACCACGACAUCCCCCCACAACUCGUGGGAGUCAAGGACAAGGUCCUGCUCGCUGGCAAGUAUUUGAACGUGGUCCGAGAGUGUGGCGGAGUGGAUGUGAGCAAGGAGGUCAAGGACGUGCCCACCUCUUUCGACGAUGCUCGCUUCCUCGACAACGUCAACAAUGCCUAUGCACACGCCAACGAGUCGUUGAUGCAGUUGCUCGUGACGACGCAUGCGUUGCCGGCCAGGCUACGGUCGCUCAAGCACUACUUCUUCCUUGACCCUUCGGAUUACUUCUCAUACUUUCUCGAGCUCGGCGCCUCGGAACUCAGGAGAAACGUUAAGCAGGUUAAUAUUGGCAAGCUGCAGUCUUUGCUCGACCUGGUUCUUCGCCAGCCGGGCACCAUCGUAUCGAUGGACCCCUUCAAAGAGGACGUCAAGGUGGAGAUGAACGAAGUGACCCUGAUCAAGUCGCUCCAGCGGGUCGUUAACAUCACCGGGAUAGAGCAGGGUGAGACUCUGCAGCCCGUGACGAACGAGCCGACCGAGCCCGACAAGCAUGCAAGAGGAUUCACAUCGCUGCAGCUGGAUUAUGCUGUCCCUUUCCCGGUAUCUUUGGUCAUCAGCCGGAAGACGAUAUGGCGAUACCAGGCACUGUUUCGGUACCUGCUGUCGUUACGGCAUAUGGAAUCGCAGCUUUGCGCUGGAUGGCAACAUACGAUGCGGUCUUUCUCCUGGACGUACAAGAGCAGCUCUGCGAGGUUACAGAUCCUGAAACAGCGGGUCUGGACCCUCCGGGCCCGAAUGCUUGUGUUUGUCCAGCAGCUGCUUUACUUCUGCACCGCCGAGGUCAUCGAGCCCAACUGGCAAGCACUCAUGUCCAGGCUUGACACCAAGGACGGGGCAUCACGAACAGUUGACGAGCUGAUGCAGGACCAUGUCGACUUCUUGGACACUUGUCUGAAGGAGUGCAUGCUCACCAAUAGCAAGCUGCUCAAGAUAUACGCGAAGCUGAUGCAAACGUGUCACUACUUCACAAACUACCUCCCCUGGCUGACCCUGGAGAUUGAGAUGGCCUGUCCUGAGCUGUCGAGAAAUGAGCGGCCGGCCAAUGUGUCAGAAUCACAGUGGAGGCAGUUCAUGUUGGGCAGAGACGAGAGGAGGAAAGCCCUGGAGAACAGCAACCAGGGCGUGAACAACCCGCCGGGUAGAAGCCCCGACCUGGUCCUGGACAACUUGCUCGACAUCUUCAAGAAGUGGGAGCAUCAAUUUGGCAGGCACUUACAGAUCCUGCUCGACGCCCUCAACCACUACGCCGCCACCGAGACGGUGGUACUGCUCAGCCUGUGCGCGAGGCUGAGCACGGCGAACCAGGGGACGGAAUGGGCAGGGCGAGGGCACGGCGACGAGGAUGCUUCUGCGCUUUGA